AGAUCUUUGAUUCUGAAUAGACGUCGUGGUCUAUGGACCAAAGGAACAUAACUGUUGAAAAUAGAGUACAAAGCUACUUUCAUAUAUUUCCAGAGGUUAGUUUUAAUAUCUGUAACAAAUCUACUAUUACACACAAGCCAUUUAAGGUAGCUGUUACAUCUGACGCCUUAAUUAUUUUCAGUGUAGUGCAUCUGUUCAGCAUUUAACUUCUUAAAGGAGAAGUUGUUUUAAGCCUUUUAGCCACUGUAUUUAUCUGGAUGUUUUGACUGUAGCUUCUGAUUAAAGCAUGCGUGUCCAAACAUUUGGCUUCCACGGGCCACAUUGAGCGAAGAGGUAUUGUCUUGGGCCGCACAUAAAAUAUAUAAUAUCAUUUAUAUAAUAAAACUUCAAAAGCCGUUUUCUUAUUUUUGAUAUUUCAUUUGUUUAAUAGAAAACUCCCUUAUUUGUGAUGCUUAAUGUGGAAUUGCCAUAUUUUAGGAUACCAAAUUAGGGAGCUAUCAACUAAACAUUCACAUGUUCAUACACAUACACAUAACCACAGAUAUAUACACACAUAUAUAAUCACAGGCCUAUACACAAGCAUAUAUACACACAAUCACAGACAAAAAUUUAAAACCAGUUCUAUACACAAAAUCAUGCAGACGUACACACGUUUAAAAUCAGAUCUAUACACACACACACACAGAGUUGGAAGAGUGGGAAAAAACAAAAAAUGGUUGUGGCCAUGACAGUGCCGUUUUAAGCAGGCCUAGAUUUUUAUUUUAUGUUCAGCAGGCCGUUACUUUGUAGACCCAGCCAGGAUUCUGCGUCUAAUCCCUGAAGACCCACAGAUGUAAGAGUCGCCUCCCUGGGUUUCCCCUAUGUCUGUUUUCAAACCCCCAUUUGCUGCUGAAAUACAGGCCUCCAGCAGUUCAUCUGUCUCCAUAGCUGUAAAGUAUGUUUUCCCACCUCGGCUAAGUAUAAUAAAUUGUCUCAGCAGAUAUGACAAUAUCCUGUUGAUUGCUAGUUUGGCUUUUGAUAAGUUUGUGCAGUUCGAGAAAGGUUUUAUAACUAUUCGCUAUAUUUGACCUUGGUCCCUCCUUUUGACACUGUUGCACAUAGAAGGCUUAUCAAUAAACUGCAAUCUUUAAGUUUGGAUUCAAAUAUUGUUGAAUGGGUAAGGCAGUGGCUGAGUAACAGGCAACAGAGGGUUGUAGUUAAUGGAAUAUAUUCGAAGCUUGGACUUGUCACCAGUGGGGUACCUCAGGGAUCUGUACUUGGACCCAUUCUCUUUAAUAUUUUUAUUAGUGAUAUUGCAGAAGGUCUUGAUGGUAAGGUAUGUCUUUUUGCUGAUGAUACUAAGAUAUGUAACAGGGUUGAUGUUCCAGGAGGGAUAAGCCAAAUGGCAAAUGAUUUAGGUAAACUAGAAAAAUGGUCAGAAUUGUGGCAACUGACAUUUAAUGUGGAUAAGUGCAAGAUAAUGCAUCUUGGACGUAAAAACCCAAGGGCAGAGUACAGAAUAUUUGAUAGAGUUCUAACCUCAACAUAUGAGGAAAGGGAUUUAGGGGUGAUUAUUUCUGAUGACUUAAAGAUAGGCAGACAAUGCAAUAGAGCAGCAGGAAAUGCUAGCAGAAUGCUUGGUUGUAUAGGGAGAGGUAUUAGCAGUAGAAAGAGGGAAGUGCUCAUGCCAUUGUACAGAACACUGGUGAGACCUCACUUGGAGUAUUGUACACAGUACUGGAGACUGUAUCUUCAGAAGGAUAUUGAUACCUUAGAGAGGGUUCAGAGAAGGGCUACUAAACUGGUUCAUGGAUUGCGGGAUAAAACUUACCAGGAAAGGUUAAAGGAUCUUAACAUGUAUAGCUUGGAGGAAAGACGAGACAGGGGGGAUAUGAUAGAAACAUUUAAAUAUAUAAAGGAAUCAACACAGUAAAGGAGGAGACUAUAUUUAAAAGAAGAAAAACUACCACAACAAGAGGACAUAGUCUUAAAUUAGAGGGACAAAGGUUUAAAAAUAAUAUCAGGAAGUAUUACUUUACUGAGAGGGUAGUGGAUGCAUGGAAUAGCCUUCCAGCUGAAGUGGUAGAGGUUAAUACAGUAAAGGAGUUUAAGCAUGAGUGGGAUAGGCAUAAGGCUAUCCUAACUAUAAGAUAAGGCCAGGGACUAAUGAAAGUAUUUAGAAAAUUGGGCAGACUAGAUGGGCCGAAUGGUUCUUAUCUGCCGUCACAUUCUAUGUUUCUAUGUUUCUAUGUUUCUAUACUGCUUGGGCAUUACAAAUAAGUAUAUGCCGCCAUGUUUGUUUAGGAAUAUAGAAAAUUAUAAAAGUGAGCUUCCAUUUGCUAUGUAGUAAGGAUUGUUUUGUAAUCGUGCAUAUUUAUUUUUUUGUGAACAUUUUUUUCAGAUCUCAGUGGAUAAUAUAUUAUUCUGUAUUUCUUUUUAAUUCUGAGCCGUUUCUCAGCAAUAUACAGAAUUCCUAUAGUGUGUUAUGUUACAGAGAACAUGCUAACAUGUCUGAAUAAGUUGUUACCAAAGUGACGUUCAGUGAAAACAAGAUAAGGAGAGAGUCGGAAGGUGCAUAGCAAGGAACACCAGUUGUCAUGGAAGGAAAUUGUGACCAUGUAGAUUUAUUAUGUACUUGAACUGUCUACGUUUGGGAUGGGGGUGGGAGUGGUCAUUGCCAAAAGUCAGCUGAUUUUUUUUUUGGAUUUUUUUUUUUUUUUUAAAUCUCAGUAUACUGAUAUCUGUAUCUACCAAGCAUCAGUAAUUUUGUUGUGUGUGUGUGUGUGUGUGUAUAUGAAGAUUUUAAAAUUCUGUUUUUUUUUUUUUGUUUUUUUUCUUAUAUGCUGAACUUUGAUUUCUACAGAUACAAUGUCUGCCCUGACUUUUCAUGGCUGCUUACGUGCAUUAGAUGUAAUCUUGGAUAACAUCCUUCCUCAUAGUUUCCUUUUUGUACAAUUUGUUACUUAUAAACGUUAACUUUUAGGGUGGGUGAGGUUGAGGAAAAGAUUCUUCUAUGGAUUAAUCUUUCAGUUUAUUUAAUUUGUAUAUCUUGGCAGAGAUAAAAUAUUAAUACAAUUUUAGGAUCAGCGGCAAGGAAACAAGCUUACAAAGUAAAAUUUAUGUUAAAGGGUUACUCUAACCAAAAAAAAACCCAUGUUUUUUUUAACCCUUGCUUGUCCUUUUGUUUAAAAAAACAAAACAAAACCCCCCCCAAAGAAAUCUUCAUUUCAAAUCUCACUGUACGAGAGACUACAAGCACCAUGACCACUUCAAAGCACUGAAGUGGCCAUGGUGCUUGGAGUAAUGUAACCCCUGAAUGUGCAAUAUACUCUUUCCAUUCUGUCAAUAGGAGUUUAGUUACAUCAAAUGUUUUAAAGUAAUUAAACUUUUGUUGCUGUCGUAUAGGGAGAAAAAGUAAAACCAAGAAAAGUGCAUUGCUUAUCUUAUUAACCCAGGUACCAUGUCAAACCAUUUGACAACACUGUAGUUAUGGUGUUUGGAUUGUUCUAUCUAUCUAGCGCUACUAUCCGCUCUACCUCGCAGGCUUGCUGCCUAUGUGUUCUCUUUGACUCCGACCUCUCCUUCACUCCUCUUGUCCAAUCAAUCGCCAAACCCUGCUGCUUCCAUCUCAAAAACAUAGCAGGCAUCUGACCCUAUUUAACGCCUGAUACGACUCAAGUGCUUGUCUAUGCCACUGUCCUCUCUCGCCUUGACUACUGUAAUCCGCUUCUCAUUGGUCUUACGUGUUCCCAACUUCCCCCGUUACAGUCUGUAAUGAAUGCAGCGGCGAGGCUCAUCUUUCUGUCCACCCCAACUUGUUGUUAAUAUACACACAAGUGUGUGUCUGUCUGUGUGUGUAACACUGAAAGAUACUGCUCAACUGUCAAAUUUGAAGAACUAUCUCUUCUCUAGAACUUACACCAUUUAGUAAAAUAUUGAAAAUCACCUAUAACUUGUGUUAACCUUUUAUUUUUGGAGAUUCUGUGUUUUAUUUUAAAAUGAAUAAUUCUGCAUUUCACACAAAGCAAAGCCAGUACAAACCUUGUAAAUGAAAAGAAUACAUAUAAACAUUGGGGAAUAUAUAUUAUAGGGUUCUGAAAAGUAACUUAAUUAUUGGAAUGUAACAAUCACUGUUGGUGUGCAAAAAAGCAACAGAUGAAAAAUGGGACAGAUUUUAAUAAAUAUCACCUUAGACUUAAAGUGUCUCGGACCAGAUUCAGGAUAAAGAAAUCUGGAUUUCUACAUUUAAUGUUAUUGUCCACACCUCAAUUACAUAUUUGUUAAACAUAGGGAUAAGUAAACAAUUAUAAAAUCAUGGAAUCAUUCCACUUAUUUUGUUUUAUUUUUGCAGUGCAGAGAUCAUAAUACAGGCUAGUAGGGACAUAACAGCAAGAAGAUAAAUGGCAGUAAAGAUUGCUAUAUAUGUAAACAAUGCAGUAAUUUUUUUCGUUAUAGAGCUUGUAAGAAGAUGUUUAGAUCUAUGAUAAAGUACAAGACAUACUGAAAAAGAUCUGUUUAAAAUGAAAGAUUACUUUAGAGACAAAACAAAGCUUUGCCAUAGCAUAAUAAUAUUUUAAGACCCAACAGCUUAAAUGCACAAGUAUGACUCCUCUGGAGCCAAUAGCUACGAGUGGCCAAGCCAUGUUAAGAAAAUAAAACUAAAUGUAUGAUACAAAGAAAAGACAAAAUGCAAACUGGUUGACUAAAGUUAUUCCACAUAGGCUCUCAUGAACCUCGAUUCACCCAAUUCUCGAUGUCCGACAACUACUCUUCGGCAAUGCCCAGCGACCCACACACUUAGCUGCAGCAGUACUCGACCCCAGGCCUUCCCACGAGCCAACAGGUCAGUCUUCUCUUAGUGUGCAAAUCAGCGUCCUUGGAGGGUCCACCAGGGCCAUCCCUUCCGGAAUGGGAGAGGUUGUCCCUCCAAGGCUCGCGGCCCAGGUAAGAAGCUGCUGGAAGUUGCCUCUUUGUUCGCCUGGUACUCUCUGCGCCUCACAGAAGAGUUCUGAUUUUUAGGUUGGUCUCUAUCCAAAUGGACUGCAACAGAUGUAGUUGCUGGAUAAUGAGUAUGUCAACCAUUUUAGGUAUGGUUGUCUGCAUUCUCUGUGAAUAGCAGGCUUGUCUCCAGUGGGGACUGGCAUAACUCCACUAGUCCUUGGGGCUCCUGUCUAUGCAAUGUAUUGAAAGGGUGGGAAGCUAGUUGCAUACCCUGCCACAACAGUUUAGUAGGCUUCAGUAGACAGGGGGCCUGAAAGAGUUGUGGCUGGUCUCAAAUACUGCAGUACAAACACGAGUUAGGGUGUCCUCGGGCAGAAAAGGCAAUUAUAGAACACCAAAUAAUUCUAGAUCUCUAGAUAUGUUUACCGUUGUCAGUUGGCGGCAGAGCCCACCCCCUCAUCAGUUCUCCUUUAAAUCAUCUGCAGUUUUAUUUUUCUGGUAUUUUUUACCUGAAAUAUGCACAGAUUAAACUGUUGAUGUAUUUAAUUCAUGCUCCCCAAACAAACAUAUUUUGUUAGACCAUAUAAUUUAUUUUCUUUUUCUUAUGUAUGUGUACUUUUAACAAACCAAAACGGAAGACAUCAUAUAAAUAUUCCCAGCUAUUCUUUGUCAUAUUUAUUUGUCAGAACAGUUUCCUUUUACAUUCUAGCUUGAAAGCUUAGUAUAAACUAAUUUAGAUGUGAACGCUUUUUAUUUAUUUUACUUUUUUUUUUUUUUGGUUUGUUUUUUUGGUCAAAAAACCAGCAACAAAUAUUCCUGGUGUUGUUUUUAAUCCAUAAAGAGAACAUAUAAAUAGCAAUGACAAUGCUACAUAUGUCCUCAAAUAGCUGGUUUCCAAGUCCUUAAUAUUUUGGUAAUCACAAUGAGGAAAGUAAUGUAGCCUACAACACAUGGAUUUAGUUUUCAUUUUUAGGGGGAGAGGAUGCAGACUGCACUGUAUUUACCUGGAUGUCAUUGUCUCUACUUUGCAUUUUUAUGGUUUGUAUUCAGUUUUGUAUCUCUCAAGGUUGGUGUUUAAAUGUUCCUAGAAUGAUAAAUAUUGGAGGGGUACCCUCAAUGGCAAACAGAUUGUCAGCCAGUCUCAAUUGGCUCAGCAAUAUCAGGCUACCUGUUGAAAUUGCCUCUUUUUUUUUUUUUUUAAAUAUUACUUAAAAAUAAGACUUGUGUCCAUUUAAGUUCAGCUUUUCUCAUGUCAGUUUUGCUGUUGAUCAAGUUUGAAGCACUUUUCAAUUCUGCAACAAACUAGGAAACUCUUACUUCUUAACCCCAGAAUGGCAGUCAGGUCUCUCCUUGGAUCAAGUAGCUAUUACCUCACUUAUUAAAAAUGAUAUCGCUGAACAUUAUAUUUCUUUUCCAUUAAAAUAUUUAUUGAUUUUAUAAAAUAAUCAUGGGGUACAGAAAGGAAAAAGGGGGAGGAAGAGCGCUGUCAACACUCAAGAGAAAAUGAACAUUUUACAUACAGAGUUCAUGCAGAGAACAUACCACAACCGUGUUUCGUUCAUUUGACACAGGAGGUCAAUUAGCAAUGUGGACAGAAAUCGCAUUGUAGACACCAUAACCGUGAGUAGGUUCACUUAUGUCAACAGUACAACAACAAUACACCUUGCUCGAGAACAGGAGCAUGCAUCGUCAGCGCAUUACCAAAUGGAAGCAUACUUUAAAGAAUACUUUAAAAUACAGGGUUGCAAUGCGACAUACAACUAAUCUCCCCGAGUCCCACAUGUCCCAUGCAUUUAGAGAACCUUGUGUGGGGGGGGGAAAUAGUUUCUUCAGGUCUUUCUCGUACAAACAUUGUUUGUCUAAUUCAGUGAGUAGCCUCCGCAGAGGUGGUACCAUCGUUAAUUUCCAGGCCUGUGCAAUGAGCCUCUGUGCUGUUAAUGGUACGUGCAUCGUUAUUUUCUGUUUGAUCUCUGCGGGCAGGUCUUGUAGUAAAAAGUGCUCCGGAGUUAGAGGUAUCUUACACCCAGUCACUGCUUGAACGGUGUCGUGCACACUUUUCCAAAAGGGCUGGAUUGUUUGACUGGUCCACCAUGUGUGGAGGGUAGUACCUUCUUCAGUUUUACAGCGCCAACAAGAGGCAGGUGUGUACGGGUACAAUUUAUGCAGUCUACUGGGUACCAUCUAUUGGCCGUUUUAUAGUGCUGUUCCAUAUGGGCAGAAGAUUUUAUCAGCUGUCUGGGUAGUUUAAAAAUGCUUUCCCAUGUAGCAGAGGAAAGUGUGCAUUGUAGUUCUCUCUCCCAUUGCUGUGCCAAGCUUGAGGUGGUAAAGGGUGUGUGGUAUGAGAGUGUACGAUAACUCGUGGAGAUCGGUUUACAAACUGGUGGUAAUGAGCCAUUGAUACAAAUUUGUUCCCAGGUUGUGAUUGCAGUAGCUAAAGUAUCAGGGAUGUCCUUUUUGUGGCAUUGUUUAGCCUCAGUUGAACAUUGGAGUACUGGAAGAACCUGGACAAUGAGUAUUUCUUCUCCAAGGCUGCCUAGUCCAUUGGGAAAUUUUGAAAGGGGAGGAGAGAAAACCCACCUGGAGCACCUCUAGCGUGGGGCUAGAAUACAAUGCAAAAAUUUGUUUUAUCACUUAAGCGGGAAAUCCAUAGGACCCCAAAGCUCCUUUCAGGAAGGGACAGCCAAGGCGGUCGAACGCCUUUUCCGCGUCUAAAGCUAGCAAGAGACUGCCCUGCCUAGACCCCCUCAGCUUUCUGGGCACCACGGAAAAUUUACGGGUGUUGUCUAGCCCGUUUCGACCAGACACAAAUCCUGUCUGGUCGUCCCUAAUAAGUGUAGGUAGGAUCGGUGCUAGUCUGUUCGCCAGUAUCUUGGCGUACAGCUUCGUGUCUGUGUUAAGGGAUAUGGGACGAAAAUUCUUGCAAGUAUCUGUGGGUUUACCAGGCUUAGGGAGGGUCACUACGGUGGCCAGCAACAUCUCCGAAGACAGGGCACCCCCUCCAUCGCUCGCUGGUAAGUCCUAAGUAAGUGCGGGGCCAAUGUCUUAGUAAAUUUCUUGUAAUAUAAGUUAGUGAGCCCGUCCAACCCGGAGUGACUUGCCAGCCGGCAGCCCUUGGGUGGCUUUAACAUUAUGUUUUUAAGUAUUCAUCCAGUUACUGUUUAAACAUCUGUACAGACUCUGAUGAAACCACCUCUUCCAGCAGAGAUUCCACAUCCUUCUUGUUCUUACUGUAAAAAAACCUUUCCUUUCCCAUUUGGUUUAAGACGCUGCGCUAUCUUGGCCACACUCCCUGCUCCAUCCAUACAGUGUUUUACCUCAAAUACACCUAAUUUUUACACUUUUCAGAUGAUAUACAUGUCAUUUUAACCUUUACUCCUCACACAUUCGUUUUUAAAGGACAACUAUAGUGCCCUGAGGGUGCCCCCACCCUCAGGGUUCCACUCCCGUGGCGCUGAAGGGGAGGAAGGGGUUAAUCCCUUACGUUUUUCCAGCGCCGGGACUCUCCUUCCUCUUCUUCCGCCAUUGGCUGAAUGCGCAUGCGCGGCAAGCCAGUCUCAUAGGAAAGCAUUAGCAAUGCUUUCCUAUGGACGCUGGUGUCUUCUCACUGUGAAAAUUAUUAUUAUUAUUAUUAUUAUGAUAUUUAUAGAGCGCCGUCAAAUUCCGCAGCGCUUUACAAUGGGUGGACGAACAUGUAGUUGUAACUAGACAAGUUGAACACACAGGAACAGAGUGGUUGAGGACCCUGCUCAAUGAGCUUACAUGCUAGAGGGACUGGGGUAAAGUGACACAAAAGGUAAGGGUAGUAUUAGACUAGUGACAGUUGCAGAAGAGGAAUCAGUCAGGAGCUAUUAACAAUUUUUUUUGGAGACUGGGUGAGCAUCUAACGGAGGAGGGAAGCGAGUUCCACAGGAACGGUGCAGCCCUCGAGAAAUCUUGAAGGCGAGCAUCAGAGGUUGGAGUACGGACAGAAGAUAGACGUAAGUCUUCAGCAGAUCGUAAGGGCCUAGACGGGACAUACUUGUGUAUAAGGGAGGAUAGAUAGGUGGGAGCAGCAUUAUGUAGAGAUUUGAAAGCAAGAACCAGAAUUUUAAAUUGAACUCUAUAUUUUAUAGGAAGCCAAUGUGGGGACUGACAGAAGGGUGAGGCGUGGGAGGUGCGGGCGGACAGGAAGAUGAGCCUCGCCGCCGCAUUCAUUAUGGACUGUAACGGCGCAUGUUGGGUGCACGUAAGACCACCGAGAAGCGGAUUACAGUAGUCAAGGCGAGAGAGGACAGUGGAAUGGACCAACACCUUAGUCGCAUCUGGCGUUAAGUAGGGGCGGAUGUGCGCAAUGUUUUUGAGAUGGAAAUUACAGGAUUUGGCGAUAGAUUGAACAUGAGGCUUGAAGGAGAGGUCGGAGUCAAAGAGAACACAUAGGCAGCGAGCCUGCGUGGUGGAGCUGAUGGUAGCACCAUGAGAAAAUCACAGUGAGAAGCGCCUCUAGUGGCUGUCAAUGAGACAGCCACUAGAGGCUGGAUUAACCCAUAGGUAAACAUUCUCUGAAACUGCUAUGUUUACUGCAAAAAGGGUUAAACCUAGCUGGACCUGGCACCCAGACCACUUCAUUAAGCUGAAGUGGUCUGGGUGCCUAUAGUGGUCCUUUAAUUCAAUUCUAUGUAUCCUGUAUGGUAAUUAUUUACUAUAAUGUGACUGAUGUCUCAUGACCCCAAAUUUUUAAUUUUACUCUGCUAUAAAAGCAGAUAAUGUCCAGGUUUCUAUAACACACUUUGAAAAAGCCCAUGCAAUAAGGCAAAAUGCGUUGGUGUGAUUUAUUUUAUUUCUUGUUUUUAGGCUUGAGGCCUAAGCCAUAAAGCAGUCACUCUAUGCAUUACAUUUUUGUUACUGUUCCGAAUUGGCAGGGUGGACUGGAAUGUAUGAUAGUGAAGCCUUAGAUCUCUGGGUUCUGGACGAUAAUAGUGGUUAUCACCCCAUGGUUGGAUGUAAACUACAUUUGGAUAUAUACCAAAAACCUGCGUGCGUCCUCAGGCCAUCUCAUGCUGUACCACGUAGUGUCAUUUUGGGCCUGCAGAGAGAAUGGUAAACUCCAUUUACAGUGGAUGCCUUUUUGUAGCGCAGUGCUCCUUUUUUGCUAGGCCUCUGAUUCUUAUGUUACACCUCCUACUUCUAUUGUCAAUGUCCGAAGCCUUAGAUCUCUGGGUUCUGGCCGGUAAUAGUGGUUAUCAUCCCAUGGUUGGAUGUAAAAUACAGUUGGAUAUAUACCAAAAACCUGCGUGCGUCCUCAGGCCAUCUCAUGCUGUACCACGUAGUGUCAUUUUGAAACAAUUUUGACCCAUUUAACCUGGUCCUACAUAAUACAGUCCUGGAGGACUUUGUAAUUGAAAGGGCACACAGGGCAUUGAGGUCUCCAGAGUUCCAAGAGCAAGUGGCCCUGCUUCGCAACAGCCGUAUCUACUUGUUGUUGCCUGUGGUCAUACCUCUCGUGGUCUCUUCUAGGCCUGUGAUUCUGGCGUCAAGCCAUGUAAUAUCCAUUCGGAUCUCCGCCACCUAAUGGUGUCUUUAAGUUCCUGGAGCAUCUACUGAAAGUAGAAGAAAACAAAUAAAACAAAAUCCAUACAGAUGAAACAGGAUUUCACCUGCUUUAUAUGGCAGACACCUUGGGAGUUGGCAGAAACUGGUCAAGCGUGUGGGAUGGAGGCGAGCUCAUCUAGGAGAUGUGUAGGGAGCUCAUCUUUUGGUUUCAAAUCAUCUUUAUUGGAGUGAUUUAGGUGCGUAAGCUGCUUAAUGCCGGGUGGGGAUGUGGAGCUCACUUACAGCAUGUAUUGCUCAGCUGCCAUCCAGAUCACGCCCCCCUAAUUCCCAAUGCUGUAUUAUUACUUUAACUAUUUUCAUAAUUGGCCCCUCCCCUUCUCACCUCCCCCAAUAAUAAGGAAAAAAUAUAUUUACUCUCCUGGUGCAGGUCUCACUGCGACCACCCAAUUUUGAUAAUCAGUCCUGAUGAUCUCAGCCAAUCUCGUGCUUCCCUAUAGGAAAGCAUUGGGAGGCUAUUGCACAUGUGUGGCAAAUCAGCAUCUCCUUAUAGAGAUGCACUGAUCAAUGCAUCUCUGUGUGUAGUGUUCAGCGUCUCCAUGCAGAGUGGAGACACUGACUGUUGGUCCUGUAGUGUUUGCAGGGCUCUACCAGGAAGCCCCUCUAUACUAGAGUUGGUGUUGGACAGCAGUGUAAACACUUUUUAAGUUAAUUAUUUUUCUCAGGAAAGGCAGUGUUUACACUACUGGGGCUGCAGAACCAAACUGUGUGGCCUGAAACCACUACAUUAAGCUAUAGUGGUAGGAUAACAACUUGCCUUUAAUCCUUUGAGGUUUAGCUUGUAUUUGGCUUGUUUAAAUGUCAAAUAUAUUUAUAAUUUUCACAAUUGUUAUUUUUUUUAUACAAAUAACAUUUAGCUUCCAUGUGUUUACUUUUAGAUUGUGCGUGUGAUUACCAGCUGCCCAGACAAUGGUAGACAUUGGAAAGUGGCCAAUAUUUGCUCUUUGCCCGCAAGAGGACCUGAAGUUUAUCCAGCAAGCUUGUGUGUUUGGUGCUGGAAAUGAGGUUUUAUACGUAACGAAGAAUGAUGAGGUAAAAACAUUUGUGAAAUUAACAGAUGCUAUGCACUUUGCACUUUCUUCUACUCUAUGAACAAACUGCAGCUUUGUAAGGACCUACUGGUUCAAGAUUACACUAAAGAAUUGAAUGAAGCAACUUAUCUACAUACAGUAUGUUGGGACACAGCCUAUGUAUAGUUUUGCAGAAUAUACACAGAAACUUUAGCAUGUAUUUAAUAUUCUCUAAAAUAUGUAUGUGUCUUUGUUUUAAAGCAGGGGUGACCAAAGAAAAGUUCCCAGCUCCCUCAAGGGUUUAGUCAAACAUUGUUUUUGGAGGUAGUAACUCUUGCUGGAAUGGUCUCCCCUGUAACAUCACUCUCCCUCCCUGCAGGUGUAAGGGUCUCCAAUCUCCUGGAGAGCAAGGGUGCCAUGGGUGAGGUGCGCCAUUGGUCAUUGUUCCAAUAUGCUAUGUACUAUGUUUGCUGAUGACAGAAAAACAUUUUAUGCACAAAAUUAACAUUAGCAGCCUGCAACAUUUCGUAUUCAACACUACACACAGACUCUAAGCAAUGAAAAAAAAAAAAUAUACCCUUUUCUUAAACGUUUACUCAAGCAUUUCGUUACGGAAUGGUGAACACAAAGAGUUUACCCCAUCUUCUGCCAGUGAUGUAGUGCCACGUUCAGCAGUGUCAUUGUAGUGUCAAUAGCUAGCCUGGGUUGGCUAAUGUCCGUUUUGUCCAUGCUGGACAUCUAUCUGGACAUCCAAUGAUGGCAACAGCAGGUGCCCAAUGGCAGUAUUUCAAAUUGGGAAUAGUUCCAGAAAAAAAAAGAAGAAUAAAUUCGAGUUAAAAGGAACAUUCAAAGCACUAUAACCACUACAGAGUGUCCUGUCACGGCUCCCCAAUGUAAGUAGUCAAAUCAAUCUGUAACUUUUUACCUUCUUACGUGGGACAUUCCGGGAGCCACUCCCCGCCUUUCGGUUAUCCUCCAAGAGUACCUUCUACUAAGAGCUUUAGUUGGCUCUCUUAAGUUAAAACCUGCAGUGCAGCACUAGUUCGCUGGCUGGGAGCAUCAGCUGAUAUUUAGCAGCCAAUGAGCUAAACCCUAAUCUACCUGCUGAGAGCUUGCAGCUGAGAGAAGGAAGGCAGCGGUGCACAGUGGACCCCACAGAAAAGUCAAAACAUUACUAAACGGUUUGAUUACUUACAUAGGAGCACCAGGGCACUGCUGGCAACUUAAACCAUUAAACUAUUAAAUCACUGGGAAAUUGAAAGCCAACAAAAAAAAUUGUAUAAAGUUUAAAGUGAACAUUUCAUGACAGCAUUUUUUCUCUCUUAUUUUUCAUUGCUUUCACAGCAGGAAAAUAAAAUAUUGAUAUUUAAUGUGAACAUCAAUAAAGAAGUUAAACAAUAAUAAAUUACUAUUGGAGUUGGAAGACUAUUCAGGGGAGCUCCAUAAAUGCUAUAUCAGGGGUCCUCAAACUCCAGCCCCCCAGAUGUUGCUGAACUACAUCUCCUAUGAUUCUCUGGCUAUCUAUGUAAUUGAAAGAAUCAUGGGAGUUGUAGUUCAGCAACAUCUGGGGGGCCGGAGUUUGAAGACCCCUGUGUUAUAUCAUAGUAGAUAUGCCUUUUGAAAAUGAGUGUCUUGAGAGAUUUGGGGAGAACAUUAUUCCUUCACGUACAUACUGCAAACAGGGCUGCCACAAGCGAUCCACCACCAGAAAUUUUGAGAAACACAGCAUGUUUACGGAGCUGUUUGUCCACAUGUCAAACUUAACUCUCUGAGCUCUUAUUUUAAAUGUAGGACUAUCUAACAACAUGCGGGAGAGUUGGCAAGUUGGAUUAAAAAGAAAUCUUUCAGUCCCUGUAUGUGUGCUUAAGAAGCCAUGUUUGUUGCAGAAUAUCUUGAUAAUUAAAGUGUACAUCUCUGCUUGUGUUGAUAUCUAGCACGUUUCAAAGUUUUGAUGGAUUUCCUGUGCUGCUAAAUCUAUUUUAAACUAAAACUGCAAGUAAAUGGAUGUAUCUUUCAUUACCAGAGAAUCAUGGCAGAUUUGGCUUCUGUGUCUCUGGUUCUAAGUAAUACUGAAUACUAAUAAUAUGCACUUGGAUCUUUAUGCAUUAAUUACAUUCCAAUAUAACACUUAUCGUUCAAUAAAUUGGACUUAACAAACAUACUUCUUGUUCACUUGCACCCCCUGCUGGCUUUUUUCAGCAAUUCGGAGUUAUAAAACUUUUGGUACAUAUUUCCAACUUGGAGAAAUUGAAAACUGCUGUAAAAAAGUGCAGUUUGUCUUCUACCAAUUAUAUAUAAUUAUAUAAAUAUUGGUAGAAGACAAAGUGCACUUAUUUACAGCAGUUUUCAAUUUCUCCAACUGGAAAUGUAUACCAAACAUUUUACGAAUAAAUAUAUAUUGUACCAAAUUAAAAUCUUGGUGGCAAAAUAAAUGCAAAACGUGUUACUAUAGUUUAGUUGGAGAAUUUGUUAUAAUCCAGUAUUUUUGCCGAAAUUUUGUCAUUUGGAUUUCAAUUUGGUGCAGUCUGAAGUUUAGUGAAUAAGCAAUCCUUUAUAAAGUAGAUUGAUCACACAUUGGUUUUUAAUGAGGAUUCAUGAUUGAAAAAGUGUUCUUAAAAAUAUUCACCCCAUAUUAGUAGCUACCCUUAAUAUGAUUUAGCCACUAUUUCUUUUCUUAGUACUAUUUGAGAAUGCCUUUCAAUUGUCCAACUCUAAAUUCCUUCCUUGAAAUCAAUCAGACAGUUCUCAUUUUCACAUGAAAAGUAGUUUCCUCUUGUACUUGGACAAGGUUAUUUCAUUAGGGGACUUUGAUUUUGUGUUUGUGGGCAUACAUGAAAAUACAGUGCUCACCUGGUAGCAUAGGUCCCAAGAAUAUGUCAGCGCAUUCCUGCACUUUCAUAUACUACUUCUACAUGGAAACAUGUAUCAUAUUGGCUUAUAUUUGUUUAUUUGGUUAUAGCUACGUCAUGUACAGUGAGAUUGUUUUUCUUUUGAAUAGUAUAUAUAGAUAAUAUGCUUUCAAUUCAGAAGCUUUCAGUGGUUACUAAUGGUGCUUCUCUAUAGUGCUGCUUGAUUAUGUUAAAGGAUCACUAUAUGGUCAGGAACACAAACAUGUAUUCCUGACCCUAUAGUGUUAAAACCACCAUCUAGCACCCCUGGACCCCUCUUGCCUCCAUAAAUAUAGCAAAAUCGUACUGUAUUCAAGCCUGAAGCUGUAACUCUGCAUGCUGUUAGACUCAGAAAAACAAGCAGUCUGCUGACAUCAUCAGAAGUGGUGGCCUGGUCCAAUCACAAUGCUUCUCCAUAGGAUUGGCUGAGACUGACAAAGAGGCAGACCAGGGGCAGAGCCAGCAUGAUUCAAACACAGCCCUGGCCAAUCAGCAUCUCCUCGUAGAGAUGAAUUGAAUCAAUGAAUCUCUAUGAGGAAAGCUCAGUGUCUGCAUGCAGAGGAUGGAGACACUGAAUGUUUGGAUGCAUUUUAGGCAGCCAUGACCCAGGAAGGAUCUCUAACAGCCAUUUGAGGAGUGGCCAGUGAAGCUAUCACUAGGCUGUAAUGUAAACACUGCAUUUUCUCUGAAAAGACCGUGUUUACAGCAAAAAGCCUGAAGGUAAUGAUUCUAUUCACCAGAACAAAUUCAAUAAGCUGUAGUUGUUUUGGUGACUAUAGUGUCCCUUUAAGAUAUACAGUUAAAUAAUUAGUAAGUAUACACUGUACCUUUUUAAAACUGUCCUUUUCACAUUAUGAUAUUUUAGAUGUGAGUGCUAUUCUCAACAUGUCUCAUGCUACAAAAAUACAGAGAGAAUCGCCAAAUUGACAAGUAAGGGGCCACACCAUGAUACUCAGAGGACUCUCUGUUGGUGUCAGACUACAGUGGGUUGUAGGAGUUAUGAUACUUGCUUUAGAGUGCCCCUUUAUUAUAUCUAGUUUAACUUGAUAUAGUUCCUUGGUAACUUGAUCCAAGAGAUCAUAAUUCAUUGAGAAAUGAAUUUCCAUCUUUGCAGAAGAAAGAAAGACCAAAAAAUUUAAAAUCUUAUUUUACUGUUUCUAAACAUGUAUUAUCUGUCUAAAAACUGCCUAUUUCUUUCCAAAAUGCUUUACAAACCUCACAGAGAAAGUGUGAAAUAAGAGGAAAUGGUCCCAAAGCACCUAAUCCAAAUGUAUUUGCAUUUUUGCCAAUUACUCUUCCAGCUUUCUUAAGCUUUUACUUCUUGAAUUUCAGUUUGACUUCUUCUAAUCUGUUUUUAAUAUACUCUAACCUUUUUUAUUUAUUUAUUUUUUUUCUAAAUCUCAAAAAAAAGCAAAUUGUAUUUUGUAGUUUGGAGGAAAUAGGGAUUGAACACAGUACCUGAAUUCCACAUUAACAAACACAUGGUAUCUGUGUUCUUCCCAGCCUUAUUUUAAGAAAUUGUGUUUAACGAGCCAAGAUGCAUCGUGUUUAUCUUUAAUAAAACUUUCUUUCUUGCAUAAAUAACGACAGUAAUAAAAGUCCUAUGAAUGCCCUCUUAUUUGGAUAUUCUCUAUUUUCUUUCUAUCUCAACAGCUGGAUCAUGUUUUCAAACCCCCUACAAUUAUGUCCUCUGUAUGUUAUACACUGUAAUGCACAAUUUGUCAGCCACCAUGCAGUGUAGAUUCCCUAAAGAAACUAUAAUGUUUUUUUUUUUCAUUUCCUAUUUAAAUCACAGAUUUGAGUUACUUACGGUUUUAAUAAAUGAUUUGCAGGUUUUUGUUAUCGGGACCAACAGCAGUGGAUGCUUAGGGAUCGGGGAUGCUCAAAGUACUAUUGAACCAAGACGACUUGAUGCUCUUUGUGGGAAGAAAAUAGUCAGUCUGAGCUGUGGAAGUGGUCCGCAUGUUGUGGCUGUUACGUCUGGUAGGUGUGUAAUAAAAAAAAAAGAGCUAAAUCAGAAUGUUUCUGUAUUUUGAAUCAAGUGGGUACUUUUUAAAGGAACACUUUAGCAUUAGGAAUACAGGGACUAGGGCCCCGUUCCGCGGUGAACAAAUGGUUAAUUAACCAUUUAUUUGCUUACCUUAAUCCAGCGCCGGGCUGCCUCGGCGCUGGUGACCUAUCCUCAUCCAUUGAUGCCAGCUUCCGAGUUGAGCCGAAUGUGCAUGUACAGCCAGAGGCGCUCACGCAUUCAAACCUGAGAAAUGCUUUCCUAUGGGGAUCUUUUUUGAGCUGAAGUGGUCUGGGUGCCUACAGUGGUCCUUUAAGUCUACUAUGCAACCAUUAGGAUAAUCUUUUUUGUUUUAAAGCUAGCCCAGGAAUUGAUUAGGAAUCCCUGCGCUAUCAUACCCAAAACCAUGACUGAUUCAGGCCGUUUGGGCUUACUUUGUAUACUACCAUUUGAAGUUGACAUUUUUUACAGUUGAGAUGAUACAUUUUUGAAUUUCAUUCAGUCAACUGGGAUGAUUUCAUAAACAAAUUGCACUGCACAAUGGUUUAAAAACAGCAAUUUGUUUAAUGAGUAAACCACUUAACCUUGAAUUGCUUUUAAAUUCCCUUUGCCCAAUUUGCACUGCCGCUGCAGCCAUUGUUAAAUGACCCCUGUAGGUGUUUUCUAUGCCUGAACACUGCUUAAAGGGAUACUAUAGUCAUGAAAAAACUUAAGCUUAAUUAAGCAGUUGUGGUGUAUAGAUCAUGCCUCUGAAGUCUCACUGCUCAAUUCUCUGCCAUUCCGGAGUUAAAUCGUUUUUUGUUUCUGUUUAUGCAGCCCUGGCCACACCUCGCCUGGCUGUGAGUCACACAGCCUGCAUGUAAAAAAUGAUUUCACUUUCAAUCAAAGAGUAAGUUACUUUAAAAGUUUUUAUCUCCUGCUCUGUAAAUUGAACUUUAAUCACACACAGGAGGCUCCUGCAGGGUCUUGCAAGCUAUUAAAGGAACACUAUAGGGUCAGGAACACAAACGUAUUCCUGACCCUAUAGUGUUAAAUCCAUUAUAUAGUUGGCUCCCCCUCCCUAAGGGAAUUAAAACCUACCUUUUUUCCAGCGCCACAUGCUUGUGCUGGCCCCGCCCUGAUCCGCCUCCUUGGUGACAUAAUCAGAUUUGCCAUCUACACACCAAAGCUGCUUCAUUUGUGUAUGUAUGUAUGUGUUUAUGUAUUAAAAUCUGCUUUUUAUAUUAAGUAUAAAUUACAUACUUUUGGUAUCUCUUCAGACUUUAUCUAUGGUAUUAUUUGAAUAACUAUAGUUGUGUGUGAAAAUCUCCAAGUAAACACUGAUAUGAAUAAACAUAAUUUAUGAACCUGCAUAUUCUCAACUUUAUAUGUGAUGUGAAUCAUGCUUAAAUAUUUUUCAGUCUUGGCAUCUCAUGAAUUUGACAACUGUUAUUAAACAGAACACUACCAGAUGUUGUGUAUGCUGUAUUGUAUAAACUACAGAUAAGGAUUAGUAGGAAAACACCAUAGAAACCCACGUAUGGGGAAAAAACCCUUCUAAGAAUCCACUAAUAUAUUUAUAUACAGAGAUUUUCAAUAAAUCUGAUACAGUAAUGUUUAUCUUGUUCGUUCCUUAGUUGGGGCAUAACCAUCAUAAUCAUGAGAUGCAACAUUUGUUUUUCUGCAGAGGGCGACAUAUUCAGUUGGGGCCAUAAUGCCUAUAGCCAGUUGGGCAACGGAUCUACCAACCAAGCACUGACUCCUUCUCAAGUUUCCACUAACUUAAUAAGCAAAAAAGUUGUUAGUGUGGCUUGUGGCUCACAUCAUUCAAUGGUAGCAACAUCUGAUGGAGAGGUAAUCACAUUCGUGUUCUACAUUGUUCCAUUGUUAUCAGGACAUUAUUUGUUUACUGUGUGAGUGUUGAUACUGUAUGUAAUUGUGUAUAAGGAUCAUCAUGUGUACUUGCUUCCUGUAUCUCUUCAUACUUUGUAUAUGUAUUUUUGUUUUGACCCACCUAGGCAUGCUAUUUUUUGCAGAUCAAUGCUGUGUAAACCUUUUUCUGAUCAUAAACCAGUGUCCUCCCUAGAAGCCUUAUUAGAAGUCUUGAUAUACACAGCCUCUAACUCCAUCUCCUCCAUGAUCAGCAAAACUAUGAAAAUGGAAUGGUUUGACCCAGCACCAACCACCAGUACACUCGUAUGUGUCACAUGGCCAUACAUGGGGCUUGCAGGGGGCAGUGAUGGAUGUGAUUAUGUAUAAGGAUCAUCAUGCAUCCAUGCUCCCCAGAUCUCCUAUUCUUUCUAUGUACCGUAUAUUUCUUUUUUAUGAGCUUGAUUGCACCUAGUCAUAUUAUUUGGUAGAUCAAGGCAGUAAAUAUUGUAUAAUUUGUGCAUAUGAGUCAUUCCCACCCUUUUGUCUCCUUCUUUAGAAACCUACCAAAUAUAGUGAGUUUCUCACUGACCUGCUAAAGUUUGGGUUAGGCCAACACUCGCAAGCCAAUCUGUGUUGUCUAGGUUGACCAAAAUAGAAAUUGAUAUUGUAAAAAAGUAAUUUAGGCAUUUUCAAUGGCAGCAGAUCUUAGAUGCUGGGUAAACACCAUCAGGGUUAUUCACCAAAGUAAAUUCUUAGUGAAUUUCAUAUUUAAGACCAAAAUGGAACACUACAACAACUUCAUCUGAAUUAAGGUGUGGGGAGGUCCCAAGCCACUUGGUUUAAUAUCAGACUAUUUAAGAAUGGGUUAAUAGAAAUGUUCAGGGUUAUGUAACAAAGUGAGAAUUUAAAGUGAAUUCAAUGUGAAUUUUAAAUUUAAGGACAAAUUGGCUAAGAUGGAAGCAUAACUGACUAAGAAACACUCCAGACACUAUAGCCGCUUCGAUGGAGUAAAUUUUUUGUGACAAGAGGAAGUCCCGGAUGCUGGUUUACCUUCAGUGUUUAAACUGUUAACCAAUGGUUUAACUCCAAACUCUUCAAUCUGAUGCACGUCAGCUCUGCUCCUCCAUUUCCGCUUGAGACAAGGCACCUCAGACUGGAUGCUUGUGAUAGACUGAAUGUGUUAGCUAUCAAUUGCUCCCCAUUUACAAAACGAUGUGAAACUAAAUAUAUGUAUCUGUGAAAGGGGAGCUACUGAUUGGCUGAGAGCAUCAGCUGACACGUUGAGCCUAUUAGCAGCACUGAGUCCAGUGUUUCCUGAUUGAAGCCUCAAACUCUAAGUGGAGGUGCAGAGCUAACAGGUGUGAGCUUAAAGACUUUGGGGUUAAAGCACUCUUAACACAGAAAUAACCGUGGUGCCCAGAAUGUACCUGUUUAGCUACUUUGGCCUUAAAUUUUAAUUGACUUUGAAUUCUCACAAUUCUGCAAGUUUAUAUCAAACAUUCUUAAAUUGCUUGAUAUUAAAUCAAGUGGCGGCCCAUCGACACAAUAGUAUCAAUCCACCACAGUGAGCUCAGAGACAUAGAAACAUAGAAUGUGACGGCAGAUAAGAACCAUUCGGCACAUCUAGUCUGCCCAAUUAUCUAAAUACUUUCAUUAGUCCCUAGCCUUAUCUUAUAGCUAGGAUAACAUUAUGCCUAUCCCACACAUGCUUAAACAUUUUAUAAUCUAUAUGUAUUUAUAUUUAGUUGCUUUAGAAGUUUUUAGAUUCUUACUUAUUUGUGGUUCAUCUUCCCAGCACUGCUAUCUCAUAGGUGUCUGGGUGUUAAUUGUAUCAACCCCCCACUGAUUCUGCCUUCUUCACUCCCUCUCUCAUUAAUGUGAUUGGCCUUGCUUGGAAACUUUGUCAAUAGUUUUCAGUAUACAAGCAAAACACCUUCUUCUGUUCUGCUGGAUCAGAAGGGUUGGCAAAUAUUUAGGUAUCACAAGUGAUACGUCUUUAUUUAUAGGGUAAAUUAGGGAACAGCCUUGUCCAUCUACCAAUUCCUAUUCUCAUUAUUAUUUUUUGUAAUGAUUACUCACUCUGCCUCCUUGUGGUGGCCUUUCAGAAUACUAGUAAGGGAGACAGAUUAUCGUUUGAACAUUUUACUUGAACUGACAUAGACAACAGGCGUCAUUUGAUAAUACAACACAUUAUUACAUUACUGAAAAGCACUUUUAAAAAUUUAUUUUACACAAAAACUUUUGUUAGUACUUAAACUGAUAAAUUUUUUCAUAUUAUUUAAGUAUUUUGUUGGAAAUACUCUGAUUAAUAAUUGCCUAAAUAAAUAGGAUUUAAAUAUUGCAAAAUUGUGUUCUCAUCUUUUCCUUUCCUUUUUAAACAUCCAUUUGGUCUAGCCAGUUUGAGCUAUAUGCCACUUGGGCAAUAAGAAUCUGUUUUUCUUUUUUGGUAAUCUCUCAAUGCUCUAUUAUGGCAUUCUAUAAAAUAGUAUAUACAAAGGAUAUAUUUAUGAUACCAGUAUCCCAUGAAUCAACCCUCUAUACUUGUGUGUAACAAGUUAUAAAGCAAUGUUAGAAACACUGGGAUACCUGUAGACCAAGCAUGUCAAACUCAAAGGCUAACACGGGCCAAAUAAACCAGGUUUAAGAUUAUGUGGGCCGCAAAAAAACUAAAACUUCAGUUUUAUAGACACUUAGGUUUAUUUUGAAAAGUACAGUAUAAAAAAAGUUGCCUAACUGACACUGGACAUCCUCAUGCUUGUAGGGCUUCAAAGUAAACAAAAGAGCAAAUUUAUUUUAAGGAGACGUACAUUAGCAUAUAACUAAUGUUUCAGUCCAACUACCUUGACAUAUUAAGAAACGUUUGGUAAUGGGACUGAAGUGGUAAAAGUAUGCUGUUGCCCAGCUAUAAAAAACAAAUUACGUUAUCUUGUUGAUUUUGAAGUCCUAUGAGUGUGUUCAUCAAGUUUGAUGAUCUCAGACAAAGUUUUCCCAGAGGAAAGUAUUGGGAGGCUAUUGUGCAUAUGUGGCAAAAAGCUGCGCGGCCAGUCAGCAUUUCAAUGGGGAUUGUUUAGCACCUCCAUGCAGACCCAAUCUAAUACACUGCCAUUCUAAUACACUGCCCACAAAUCCAAUACACUGCCCCAUUCACCCAAUCAAAUUCACUGCCCCUUAAUCUAAUACACUUCCUCUACUCUAAUUAAAUAUACAUUGCCGCACUCCCACCACUCUAAUUUAAUACACUGCCCCCCUCUCCCCAAUUUAAUACACCGGCCCACUCCCUCCUCCAAAUUAAUACAGUGCCCCCUCCUCCAAAUUAAUACAGUGCCCCUUCCUCCCACAAAUUAAUACACUGCCCACUCCCUCCUCCAAUAUAAUACAUUGCCCACUCCCUCCUUCAGUUUAAUACACUGCCCCAUCCCUCCCCCAAUUUAAUACACUGGCCACCUCCGUCCUUCAAAUAAAUACACUGGCCCCCUCCUUCCCCCAAAUUAAUACAGUGCCCCCUCCCUCUCUCAAAUGAAUACACUGCCCACUCCCUCCACAAUUUAAUACGGUCACCCUCCCCCAAAUUAAUACAGUGCCCCCAACCUUCCUUCAAAUUAAUACAUUGCCCACUCCCUAACCCAAUUUAAAGGACCACUAUAGUGCCCUGAGGGUUCCCCCACCCUCAGGGUCCCACUCCCGUGGCGCUGAGGGGGGAGGAAGGGGUUAAACUUACCUCUUUCUCCAGCGCCAGGCGGGGAACUCUCCUCCUCCUCCUCUCCGCCUCCUCUCCUCCUCUUCGGCUGAAUGCGCAUGCGCGGCAGGAGCUGCGCGCACAUUCAGCUAGUCCAUAGGAAAGCAUUCACAAUACUUUCCUAUGGACGCUGGCGUCUUCUCACUGUGAUUUUCACAGUGAGAAGCAUGCAAGCGCCUCUAGCGGCUGUCAAGAGACAGCCACUAGAGGCUGGAUUAACCCUAUUAUAAACAUAGCAGUUUCUCUGAAACUGCUAUGUUUAUUUUAAAAAAAAAAAAGGGUUAACCCUAGCUGGACCUGGCACCCAGACCACUUCAUUAAGCUGAAGUGGUCUGGGUGCCUAUAGUGGUCCUUUAAUACACUGGCCCCCUCCCCCCUCGAUCAAAUUAAUACACUGCCCCCCCCCCACCAAGUUAACACACUUAAGGUCCCCCAAGCCCCUCUUCAUCUACCUUAAGAUGAGCUGCCCGUCCUCCAGUUCCAGCUCUGCUCUUCUCUGCUCAAGCAGGCUAGACGCUCCUCUGACACCGCUAGCUGGAGGGAAGGGGGAAUGGCUGGCCUACUCUGCAGACAGACAGACACUCUGCACUCUUGUGGCCGUGGGAGGGAAGAUGAGAAUCAGAGAGGAAAUAUCUUUCCUGUUUUGCGGCUGGUUGCAAUCACAGCACAAAGCGGACCCAGGGCAGGUGUGCCGCAAAUAUAUUCAUUGUGGGCUGCAAGUUUGACAUGCUUGCUUUAGACUAUUGUGCAAAUUGACAAAGUUCAGGCAUAGUUCUUCUUGAUUAGAAAGGCCUCUUGUAUGGCUUAUAUGGCACUUGUGGUAUUUUUCACAUGAAUAUUCUGAAUUAGUCUGUAACAAGUUAUUUGCAUAAUGGUAUCUAUAUGCCUAUUCUCUGUUAAAGGAACACUCCAUACACCAUAACCACUACAGCAUGUUGGUGCUGUCUCACAGUAAGGUGUCAAACCAUUUUACUAGUUAUCACAUGCAUAGGAGUCUGAAUUGGCCUGUUAUUUCUUGUUUCACAAAAGUUAUAAAGGAAGAUUAUUUUGUUGUCCUUGUAUAAUAAUUGUAAGGCAGAGCCCAGGCCCAGUAUUUCUUGAAACGGUAUUAAUUUUGUAGACAAAAUAUUUUUAUCAUAGUUUUCAUCAAAACCAUGGUUAUGACUAAAACAUUUUAAUGUCUUAAUUACAUUUUAGUCAAAAGAUUGACUAAAUCAAAAUUUGUUGUCAAAAUUAACAUUGAUUCUUUGAAGCAGCAGUGCAACUCUAUAACAUUAAUCAAAAGAAUAACUUUAUUUUUGUGUAAAACAGGGCUUGACAAAUCCCAGGUGCCAGGUUGCUAUGGCGGCUAGAAAUUUUGCUCUGGCGCCUGGGAUUUGCAGCCCUUUAGCUAAAGCGGCCGAUGGGAGAACAUUGGAGCCAGCCGGUUGCCGUGGGGAGAAUGGAGGCGGCCGGCUCAGGUAGCAUGUAGCCGACUGCCCUGGGACAAUGCGCAAGGGAGCAGUGACCUUCCUGCAGCUCCACUUUGCUCACUCGGCCUGUAUAGUGAUGGCGGGAGCCGGCUCAUGAUGUCAUUCUGGCCCCGUCAUCACUACAGGGAGCAGAGAGGAGCCGCAGGCAGAUUACUGCUCACAAGAGCAGACCCACUGGACCCCGGUGAAAGUCCACUCAGCUCUCCCAAAGGUAUGGAGGCUGGGUGGAUUCAAAUUAAAAUUGUCAAUCAUUGAGUGUGUGUAUGUCACGGUGUGUGUAUGUCAGUGUUUGUGUGAGAAAAUGUGUGUGUGCAUGUCAGUUUAUGUGUGUGUCAGUCUGUGUGUGUGUUUGUGCGCGUGUCUGUGUCAGAGAGUGUUUCGCUGUGGCUUGUACCGUCUCCAUGGCUGAGAUCAUCAAUCUUUAUGAUCUCCGCUAAACCAAAGGAAAGCAUUGGGAAGAGAAGAGCGCAUGUUCUCUAUGGGUAACAUUCAACACCUCCAUGCAGAGCGUGGAGACGCUGAACAAAGGUGCUGCAUCUAAGUAGUGGCAACUGGAGGUGUCCCUGAAAAGGCAAUGUUUACAUGAAAAUGGCCGAGGGUAUAAUUAUACUCACCAGAACUACUACAUUAAGCUGUAGUUGUUCUGGUGACUAUAGUGUCCUUUAACUCCCCCACUCCUUUCCCCGUCAUCGGCUGAAUGCGCAUGCCGCCAGUCUCAUAGGAAAGCAUUCUCAAUGCUUUUCCUAUGGACGCUGGUGUCUUCUCACUGUGAAAAUCACAGUGAGAAGCGCCUCUAGCAGCUGUCAAUGAGACAGCCACUACAGGCUGGAUUGAUCCUAAAGUAAACUUAGCAGUUUCUCUGAAACUGCUAUGUUUACAGCAGAAAGGGUUAAGCCUAGGUGGACCUGGAACCCAGACCACUUCAUUAAGCUGAAGUGGUCUUGGUGCCUAUAGUGGUCCUUUAAAAUAAAAAUGUCUCUGGUAUGGUAUAGUAAAAACUAUUGGAGCAAUGGAUUCAGUUGCAUUUAUGGUUUUCCCUGCUGUUUUCUGCAGUAUACUUUCUUUUUUUUUUUUUUAUUCUUUAUUUUUCCAUCUUGGCGGACAAAAUGAUACAACUUUAAUUUACAGGCUUUCGCAGAAGCCAUAGAGUACGUCAUGUACAUGUACUUCAUUUCAAAUAAGACAUCCUGUAACUAAGCCUUCUAUACAUUAUUGCUAUCAUCGUCUCUGUCCGUCAAGGAAUUUUUGUAUUUUUUUUUUUUAAUAAACAAAAGUAAACUCAAGAAAGCAAGUAGAUUUAACCUUCCAUUUCACACAUUGUUAGCAAUUGCUACAUUGAACUUAAUAUCUGCAUCUAUAAUGACCAAGUAUCAACGAUUGGGCUUACGCAGAAGCCAAAGUAUGGGUAACCUCUUAACAGUCACAUGAACUUCAAUCUUUACAGUAUGUGUUCGUAUUUAAAGGAUCCAUGGGGGUUAUCCUCUUUAAAGGAUUUUUAAUAGUGUAAUUCCCCAGUAUAGUUUAUCGGUUUGUCUAGGAUACUUAGGUGUGGGAGAGAGACGUCCCUGGCCCAGCGGUAAUUUGAGGUCUACCGUUGGGCUAUAUGAUGUUUUAUAUAUCGUGUAAGUCCUGUGUCGUUAUCAAUAUAGCUAUAUUGUUAUUAUCUAGUCCGUAGUUUGAUGUUUGUAGGUCUUUUGAUAUACGUAUAGGGUUAAUGAUCUGAGGUUUAUCUGGGGUACCUAGGGUUCCCCUUACGUUCGUUACGUUGACCUUGUCUGAGGAGGUUGGUAUGCAAAAUAAGUAGCGGAUAUGAAAUGGAUUUUCCCCGUAUAGGCGCGGGGAAAGAAAAGAGAAGAAUUAAGAAAAAAGAAAGAAGGGGAGACUGAGAAAGUGGUAUAAGGUAAGGGAGGAUUGUGUGGUGGCUGCAGUGACCUAGAGGUGGCUAGGGAGGUACGUGAAGAAGGCGGCGGGGGGGGGGGCAGCAGGUUCAUCCCGAUCUCACUAGGCCAGGUGUGUCGGUUGGAUCUCUGUGUAGGAGGGUUCUGCCACUGGUUUAGCUCUACUGCAAGGACCCCUUUACAUCUUUCGUUUGUUCCUAUCUGUCCUCUCUAGAACCUAUUACGCUGUUAUCCCAUGGUUCCCAGAGUUUUAGAAAUGUUUCUGUCGAUCCCUUUACUCUCGCUGUUAAGUCGUCCAUGAUCCUACAUUCGCGGAUCCUGGAUAUCACUAUCGGAAACUCGGGUGAGUCUGGUGAAAGCCAUCUCGUCGCUAUUGUUUUCCUUGCGCUCAGGGUUAUUUUAUGGACUAGUUUCUGUUCUCUCUUGGUCCAUCCGUCCACUGAUCUGUUUAGGAGGUAUACCCAUGGAUCUCUGGUCAGGGGUUUAUUAAAUGUUUGUUUCAGUAGGUUUUCUGUCUCUUUCCAGAAUCCAAGAAGUUUGGGGCAUUCCCACCACAUGUGAAGGUAUGUACCUCGGGCUCCACAUCCCCUCCAGCAAUCAUCGGUAUCCGUUUUAUGCAUUUUAUAAAGUUUUACUGGGGUUGUGUACCACCUAAACAUGGUCUUCCAUGUUUUUUCUUGUAGCGUAACGCAUAUGGAGGCGUUUUUAUUUGCUUCCCAAAUUUCUUGCCAUUCUAUGCCUUCUAGUUCUUCUCCUAGUUCUAUCUCCCAUUGGUCGGUGUAAGAUAGUCUCCCCCAUUCUUUGGUUUCUGUGCUAAGGUGGGCGUACAUUAGGGUUAUCAUGCCCUUGGGGGUCCUUUCGUGAAGGCAUAGUUUCUCAUAGAACGUCAUAAUUCCCUGAGCUGCAGCCUUUAUGUGUGGUUUCCUAGCGAAGUCUCGAAUUUGUAUAUAUCUAAAGAAAUCUGCGGGAGUCAGAUGGUUAUCUUGUUGGAGGUCCGUAAAUUGGAUUAAGUUCCCAUUAUGAUAUAAUUGAUGGAUCCGUUGUAGACCCGUUCUCUCCAAGUUUCGGAAAUCUUUAGGGGCCAUACCGGGUUGGAACUCUCUAUUUCUUAGAAUUGGAGUCAAUGGAGAGGGGGAGGUCGCUAGUCCGUACUUGGUUCUGUUUUUGUCCCAGAUUUGGAGCGAAUUAAGUAUGGACGGGCAAGUCACUCGUAUCAGGGGUCGAUAGUCUUUCGGGAUCCACAUAGUGAACUGGGGGAUGUCCCAUCCCACCAUCAUGGAUUCUAUUUCGACCCAUCUCCGCUCUUCCGGAGGGGAAUGCCACAUAGCUAUCUGUGUUAGUUGGGCUGCAAGAUAAUAGAAGUAUAGAUUUGGGAGGCCCAGUCCCCCUCUUUCUUUUCGUCUGUAGAGUAUCUGUUUUGAUAUCCUGUGCCUCUUGUUCUGCCAUAUGAAGUCAGCUAUCGACCGUUGAAGUGGGUUCAGUUGUGCUUUGGUGACAUGAAUUGGGAGAGCUUGGAAUAAGAAUAGAAUCCUCGGGAGGACGUUCAUUUUAAUAGAGUUAAUUCGUCCUAUCCAGGAGAUAGGUUUAUCAGACCACCUUUCUAAGUCUCUUAUCAACUUCCUAAUUAGGGGGUCAUAGUUCUCGGAGUAGAGGUGUGUCGGGUCAGUAGUUAGGUGUAUACCCAGGUAUUUCAUAGACUCUCUUUCCAUCCUGAUACGGUAGGUCAGUUGUAUGUGAUUUAUGUCUGUCUCAGUCAUGCCAAUCGGCAUAGCACUAGAUUUUUGCAUGUUGGCCUUAUAGCCAGACCAUUCCCCGUAGUCCUUGAUAACAUCUUGGAGGGCCGACACAGACGUCGAUGGGUUCGUGAUGGUCAAAAGAACGUCGUCUGCGUAUGCUGAGACUGUAAACUUUUUGUCCCCUACUCGAACUCCUUCAAUGUCUGGAUGUUGUCUAAUCGCUUGCAUCAAAGGCUCUAGCGCUAGUACAAACAGGAGUGGGGAGAGUGGGCACCCCUGCCUAGUGCCAUUGUAGAGUCGAAAAGGCGUCAUCGGGGCACCAGUGAUCUGUAUCUGUGCUCUCACCUCAUGAUACAUUGCUUUUGUAGUAGUUAUAAAUUCUUUCGGGAACCCUAGGUGGUUUAGUGCCGCAAAGAGGAAUUGCCAUCUCACCCUAUCAAAGGCCUUUUCUGCAUCUAUAGAAACCACUAGGGUAGGGAUUUUAGAUGUCACUUGUUUCCAGAUUAGGUCAAUAUUCCUUCUGGUAUUCUCAAACAGCUGUCUGCCCUGAAUAAAGCCUACUUGGUCGGCAUGGACGAGUGAGUUUAGUAGCGGAUUUAACCUGUCAGCUUGUAUUUUUGCUAUUAUUUUUAGAUCUUGAUUAAUCAAUGAUAUGGGUCUGUAGUUUCCUGGUUGGAGUGUGUCUUUGUCAGGUUUAGGUAUCAAUACUAUGGUAGCUAGGGUCAUGUCUGGAGGGAGGAGUCCCCCCUGUUUCAUGUAGUCAAAGAGUUUCAUUAGUUGGGGUGUAAGUUCUUCUUUGAAGGUUUUGUAGUAUGUACCUUCGAACCCAUCCGGGCCUGGAGCUUUGUUACCUUUCAAGGUAGAUAUGGCUCUAUGUACUUCUUCCUCUGUAAUUUCGGCUGACAAAUUGGCCACCGCGUCUCUCCCUAGUUUGGGCAGGCCGAGGUUAUUUAAGUAGCUGUUAAUAUGGUCUUCUUCACUUCCGUCAGGAGUGUGUGCGUCUGGUGUGUGGUUGUACAGUUUUUUGUAAAAGUCUUCAAAGACUUUGGCUAUCUCGUCUGGUCUUGAUUUCGUCGUUCCAUCCGGAUGUUUGAUGGCCGUGAUGUGGGAUCGUUCUUGUCUAGGUCGCAGUGUUCGGGCCAGAAGUGAGUCCGUCUUAUUGGAUUUCUCGUAAUAAGUCCGUUUCGUCCAGAUCAUGGAUUGAGCGGUAUCGUCCAGUAGGAGUGUGCGGAUGUCUCUCCGAACCGCUACCAGUUUCUUAUAGAUCUCAUUGUCGGGUGUUGCUUGAUGUUUCUGUUCAAGAUUUCUUAAUUGAUCCAACAGGGUCUCCAGUUGUUUAUGUUUCAUCUUCUUCUUCCUAGUGGCUAGUUUUAUAAGGGUCCCUCUUAUAACAGCUUUAUGGGCCGUCCAUAUUGACCCUGCGCUAACAUCCGGGGUAUUAUUUGUGGUGAAGUAUUCCACUAUUUCAGUCCGUAUCUGUUCUUUGAGUUCCGGGUCUCUCAGUAGGGAUGUGUUUAGUCUCCACGUCCACGGCGAGGCCAAACAUAAGUUUCCCAACGUAAUGGACACGUCCGCAUGGUCAGACCAUGAUAUAUUGCCAAUCGCAGAACCUGUAAUCCUGGGCAUGCCUGUCGCGUUAGUUAGGAAUAAGUCUAUCCUGGAGUAUGUGCCAUGAGGUGUUGAGUAGAAGGAGUAGUCCCUGUCUCCUGGGUGGUGCGCUCGCCAUACAUCUGUUAAGCCCACGUCUAGUAUAAAUUUUUUGAGCAGUCGGUCUUGUCCCCCCCUGCCAUGGGAUCUCGGUGUUCCGUCUUUAGUGCUCCUGUCCGCUGCCGGACAUGGGGUGGCGUUGAAGUCUCCUCCCAUAUAGACCAUGCCAUGUGGAAGUAAGGAGAUUUUCUCUCGGAGGGUGGUCCAGAACGAGGGGUCUGGUUGGUUAGGGGCAUACACGUUGACCAGGUGUAUGGUAUGUGAGUACAAGAUGCCCGAUACUAUAAUGUAUCGGCCGUCUGGGUCUGUUUCAUGGGUCGUCUUGCGAAACGGGCAGCUGUUUCUGAUCAGAAUAGCUACUCCGUUGCGUUUGCAUUGUGAUCUUGCUUCACAUGAUCCUCGAAAGAUGUGGUCUUUUAGGUUUACAUUGGCUUGUUUCGAUAGGUGGGUUUCCUGGAUGUAGGCAAUAUCCGUCUUCAGUCUCUUUAGUUCCUUAAACAUAAGGCGGCGUUUCUUAGGAGCAUUAAUUCCUUUAACAUUCAAUGACGUGAUUUUAAUCAUCGCGACGUGUUUGGUUAGGUCUUUUAUAGCCGUUCGGGGACCCGGGUCCUUCCACGUCUGGCUCAGUGUCAUGUCUUGCGCCUCCCCGGGCACCCCUCCGCCUCCACCGCUCCUCCAGGUCGCACCACACAUAAAUAGGAAAGAAAAGAGAGGAUAGUAAAGAAGAAGAAGAAGAAAGACAUCCGAAUCGAGUCAGAUGUAUAGAUGUAGAAACUCUGGUCUUACUCUUUGCCAGGGUUUUUCUGGGAGCAUGUUCCUUCAUCCCGUCCACGGUCAACGUAAGAAGGGAUUAGGGAUAUGUGGGUUCCGUCACGCGUGUGCCUACACAAUUUAAGUUGACCUCUUAUUUCUCUUAUCUGAGGUAGUAUAUGACUAGGGAUUUGUCCUAUCGGGACCCCUCUAUCAGUCUUUCCUGGUUAUUGAUGUGUGGGUGUUUGGGGGGCGCGAUCAGCAGGGUUCUUUCCGUCCCUGAUCCCCCUCCCCCCGCCCCGUAUCCCCUCCCUCUCAAGGCGGGACUCUCCAGUUCCUACGCUUUCUCUCAGGCGUUCAGUCCAUGAGGUCGCGUUGUAAUUGUCCGGUGUUUCUUCCCAAGGUGUUUAUCCGACCACCCCCCUUUUUUCUUCCAAGUGGUUAGGUGUGAGGAUAUAUACAUACAGGAAGUGCUACCCUGACCGUUACAAUCCUAUGCGUCUAUUGUGUGAUGUUGGUGUUCGUGGGAUCACGGGUUGGUAGUGUCAGUAUGGUCAUGCAUGUGAGGGUAUAACCGAUUUGUCCUGGUUCCUAUCGGGGGUACUUCCCAUGUAGGGAGGGUCGCCUGGUAGGUGGUUAGGAGGACAGGCUCAGAGGGGAUCGAAGACAGAUUCAGCGUCUUAGUGGUCCUAGAAAAUAAUUAAUUAUAUAUUUAUUGUUUUUUUUAUUUUUAUUUUUAUUUUUUUAUUUAUUUUUUUUUUUUCCUUUUUUCUUCCCCUCCUCUUUUCCUUUUUCUUUUGGGUGUAUGUGUGAAAUUUUGUAAGAGUAUGGUCCCCCCUCUUUCUCUGCUAUAUAUAUGUAGUAUCAGGGGUGAUAGAUGUUGGGAGCCUGCCACUGUAUAGAGGGAGCAUGGUGUCGCGGGAGAAGGAUCUCCGAGGAAAACCACGGGACGGGGAGGGGGGGGGAGAUCGAUGAGAUCAUUACAGCGGUAGGGUUUUAGAUAGGACUAAAGAAUGGUACCCGACAUGGGUAAGAGUCUGGGGUGGUUAUAACUUGGGUAAAGUAUAGGUAACCGAAACGAUUUUCACUUCUAUCUAUCUAAUGUACCCCAGCAUAACAUUACAUCUGUAUAAAACAUCAAGAACUCUCCUUUCCCCCCUCCCUCCCCCUUUUUUUUUUUCUUCCUUCUCCCUUUUUUUCCCCUUUCCCCCCCGUACAGCAGGAAGAGGAUCGUGAAUAUUAACAUCGUUCAGGAUAUCAAGGGAUAUGCAAUAUUACUGUGGUUCAGAGAAAUAAUAAUGAGAUGAUGUAGAGUGAUGCAGGCCUACACGCCAAAAAAAUUAGGCGGAUCCGGUUCCCAUCAGGCCUGGGUGUCAAUGAACCCUCCACCUUGGUAAAAAGUCCCGGGGGCCCCCACAGCCUGUGGGAUCAGCUGUCAGGUUGAGUCCUGUAAAGGGCUGCUUGAAGCCUAUUGCGGUACCCCCCACAGCCCUCCCAAAGCAAGUCGCGAGGGGGUCAGACCCACUCCCGUAUUAGCCUCCUCGACAAUUUAAAGUAGGACACUGGCAUGUAUCAUAAAGUAACAUAAUAUUGAACCUACAGUUAAAACAAGAAUGGAGGAUUGGCUGAAAAGGGGGACUAGCCAGGGCAGGUUUCGAUGUAACUCCCUUUAGAGUUCCAGUCAGAGUACGAUAAAAGGGGGCUAGUGUCGGCUCUCAUCACAGCGAGGGGAGAACUAAUUUAAACUGAACAGUCUCCGUGGAAUAUGAGGUGGGGUAGAAGGCGGUGGAUGGUGUUGUGUGAUGUGUGAUUAUACGAUACCCACAGUGCUUCAGCGAUGGCCUCUAGCUCCGACUUCUUGCCACUCUGUCUGUAGUUGUUGGAGCUCGGUAGGGUGCAGAGAGAUAUCUGGAAGUCGGGGGGGUGGUUGUAGGCCGAGGUUCCUAAAGAAGCGUUGGGGAUCCCCUCCCGGCAUCAGGAUGUGUGAGCGGUCUCCCCGGAACACCAUAAGCUUGAAGGGGAAUCCCCAGGCAUAUUUCAGACCUGCGUCUCGUAGGGCUGCUGUGAUAGGCCUCCACUCUCGUCGUCGUUGAAGUGUCGACGGUGCCAGAUCCUGGUAUAAGGAUAAUGUGGCCCCUGCGUACCGUAACGGUGCAUCCCGGCUUUUCCCCAUCAGCGCUUCCCUCGUGCUGUAGUAUAGGAAGCGGACGAUUACGUCCCGCGGGGUGUUGGUGUCGAUCUUCUGUGGUCUCAGGGCUCUAUGUGCCCUUUCCAUGUGCCACUGUUCCUCCGAUAAGGCGGGUAGGAGAGGCUUCAGGGCAGAGAGUAGUAUCCCCUUUAAAUCCUCGUCUUUCUCCUCAGGGAGGCCCCGAAUGCGGAGGUUAUUUCUCCGUGACCGGUUGGCCAUAUCUUCUAAUGUUAGGUCAGUUUCCACCAGAUGUGAGGUCAUACGGUUUACUCGAUCUAUAAGCGCGUUGUGGGCUAGCGUUGUGGUCUCCAUGCGCUCUUCCAAGAUGGCCGUGCGUUUUCCCAGGGCCCCUAUCUCUGCUUGGAGAAUUGCCGUUGAGUUGGCUAUUUCUCCUGCCAAGAAGGCCCUGACUUCAGCGAGUUUGGCCAAAACGGUAUCUUGGUCAUGGAGUGGGGCAUCCCUGGUCGCCUUCGGUGAUAUUUGUGGGGAGCUCCCGUCGCCAUCUUGACUUCCUGCACGGCCUUGUUUGUGCAUGGGGAAGUGGUCUAGGACGGAGCUGGAGGUCCCAAUGUCGGCCGUUUUUUUCCCCUGCUUCUUAGGGGGUCUCUUCUCCAUGUCGGAGGUUCCCGUGAGGGGUAGUUAGACGAUUUUUGAGGUCGCUUUUGAAUGCUUUAGGCACAGUUGCUGCGGAGCUCUACCGAAACACGUCCAGUCUCAUUGACGGCUCGGCCACGCCCCUCUCUGCAGUAUACUUUCAAUCUACAGGUUAUAUCAAUCUAAUUUUACUUUUAUAUAGUAUUUGUGUUGCUUGUAUUAGUUCCACUAAUCAGAAAAGAAUGUGAACUCCUACAUAAAAAAAUAUUAUCUUCAGAUAUGCAUUAAAGGGAUACUAUAGGCACCCAGACCACUUCAUCUCAUUAAAGUGAUCUGGGUGCAGUGUCCAUGUCCCUUUAACCCUGCAAUGUAAACAAGACAGCCAAUAGAGGUGCUUCAUGUAUUUUCAAGGAGUUUAACUUUGUAAAACGACUUUGCUUGGAUUUUGAAGACACUGGUUGUCCUCAUUCAAAACUUGUGAACGUCCAAAGAUUCAAUGUUUUUUCUGUGGUGAAGUUCUGAUGCAUGCACAGCAUUAAGUCCUCCAUUGGCAUGACGCUGCUGGAGGAGGAGACAAAGCCACCACUAAAAGAACUCAGCGCUGCAAUUAAGGUAAGUAUUUUAAAGGGUUUUCAACACUUGUGGGGGGUUGUAUUCAUAAUGCUAUAGUGUUCCUUUAAGCCGUAUAUGUCUUUCCAUAUAAUUAGUUGUAAUGAUGCUUAUGCCCCUAUGGGAACUGCAUGCAUCUAGUUUAUCAUUUUAUCUUAUUGUUUAUCGUGCUUAGAGUCCCCUUUUGCUGUCCCUCUGUGAUAAACAGACUCUAGUCACCAGAUCCACUACAACUUAAAGGGAAUCUAAAGCCAUCAGAAUCACUAUAGCUUAUAGUGGUCAUGAUGUGUAUUGCAUGUCCCUGCAGUCUUAACUCUGUAAACGAUGCCUUUUCAGAGGAAAGGUAGCAUUUACAUUGCUGCCUAUUAACACCUCUCGUAGCAGUCAUUCAGAUGGCUCCUAGUCCAGUGUUGAAUUUACGUGCAACGUCUCCAUGCUUUGCAUGGAGUUGCUGAACGCUUCCCCUAGAGAUGCAUUGAUUCAGUGCUUCUCUAUGAGGAGGUGCUGAUUGUCGCAGCAUGACACUUUUGGAGCACAUGCACAGUAGCCUCCCAAUGCUUUUCUAUGGGAAAGCAUUAAAUUGGUUGCGAUCAUCAAGAUUGGUCAUCUUCAUCGAAGGGGAGGGCAAGCCGGGGCAAGACUGGUGCAGCGUUAGAGAAAAGGUACGUUUAACACCUUUUUACACCACAGAGAGGGAGACUGGAAACCUAAAUAUGUAUUCUAGCACCAUAGUGUUAGGAAUACAUGUUUGUAUCUUCUAAUGUUGUUUUGGGGCAUGUAGCCUGGCUCAGCAUUGUAAAACACUACCUUUUAUAAGAAAAAGUAGCAUGUACAUUGCUGCCGAAGGCCACCACUAUUGGUUCUCAUUCCAACAGCUUCUGUAGGGAAAGAGGCAAAGCUUGCAGGACCAACAAGAGGCUGAAUGCUCCCCAUAGAGAUGCAUUGAUUAAUUGUAGCUCAAAGAGAUGCUGCUUGUUACGGCGAUUUUCCACAUAAGCACACUAGUCUCAUGUCCGUUGAUUAGCUGAAAUUAUAUUAUAUUGAUGAUCUCGUGCAGGGUUGUUGCGGCAAGACCGGCACAUCAAAGGCUAAAAGGAAAAUCAAACCUCUUUUCUCUGUGCGGGAGUGGGGGGACAAACAUCUUAAUGGUUUGUGGAACACUAUGGCAUUAGGGAUAUAUUUUUGUAUUCCUCACUUUAUAGUGUUUCUUCUAAACCAUUUUGAGCAAUAUCAAACUGAAUAAAAGUCUUUCUCUGCCCAGACCAGGACCAGGCCCCCACUGGGGUUACAACAAGGCAGAGAUUACAUUUUCAUAAACCAUACCAAUUUAUACCAUCAAAGGGUGGCUGUGAUUAGCUGAAAGCAGUAAGUUGACAUUCUAAACCAAUCAGGUAGUGCCCAUUGAUGUUCAAGCUACUGCUUUCUCAUUAACUUGAGUCACACAGAAGAAAUGGGUUGUUGAGGACUGUCUUUCAGCAUUAAAACAUCAAAAAUUGUUCAACAGUAAACAGAAGGAUGGCACACAUUGAUAAGUAGCAGUUAUAAUGCCUACAGUGUCCCUAUGCCAGUGUGUAGCAACAGCAUUAGCAUUGACAGACAAAGUAUGGUCAUACAAUACCAUUGUUGUGCACCACAGUUAUUAGAUUCUUCUGAAUAGCCAUGGCUGAGGAAAAUAUAGUCACCUGAGCUGUAUCAGAGUUUCUUUUACACCUGUCUUAUCUAUAUGUACCUCUGUAUUGUUAUAGUAAGGGCUUUAUGAUUGAGAAGUUGGAAGCCUGUCUCUCAGUUCUUUCUUCUGCAGAGGUAACAUGUCCCCGUUUACUUGCAGAAGCUUGUAAUGUUGGUUACUGUGAGGGGUUCCCCAGUGCCCCGACUGAGCACACCCAUCUGAACAGCUUCUUCCCGCCAGCCAAACCACAGAUGUCAGCCUGUUCCCGAAGGUUCAGUCAGCUAACACCUCUCCACCAAGAACAUCAGACCCACACAGCUUGAGGGUAGAACAGGAACUAAAUCACCCCUGAUUAACUAGAUUAAUGGGACCAUCCAGAUUGUCCACUUAAUGUGAACCACUCUUGUAUCAUCGUUAUGAUUAUAAACAAUAUAACAUAUACCAAGUAACUAUUUAAUGGUGUCAUAUAAAGUAUCCUUCACUUUCUCCCAAUCGUAUUCCACAUUGUCACACAGUAACAGUAGCUUUGGGGGUCCUCUUAAACUCCCAUCCAGCAUACUACAUGCACGUCCUUAGAUGAAUGUAUCCCGAUGCAUUAGAUCGGAGAAGAACGUGACUUAGACAUCGCUGUCACUCACAACGAUGUCAUCCGCCCCCGCCCCUCCCCAUACGCUCACGUGGGAUCCAGCGUCACGGAUGACGUGAGGACUAUCCCGAACGUCAUCCGUGACGAUUCGUUGUGGGCGGCAAUAGGGAAUCCCCCCUGAUGAUUGGCUCCCAGAUCAUUUAAAAGUCCCGGCUUUUCUAGCCGGCGUUUCCUCAGCCCCUGACGAAGGUGGUGUUAUACACCGAAACGCGCGUCGGGCCACCGACAUGCUUUGACUUCAUUUAUUUUCAUUUUUUGUUUUUUACGUACACCAAUGGGUUAGGCACGAUAAGGAUGUACACUUAAAGUAACUUUAUUUCUUUUCUAUCUACUUUCAGCCAGUGGGGAUCCUGUAGCAUUAGGCAGUGGGCGAUACCCUUUUAGACUGAGCAUUUAGAUCAGAACACCCACGAAGGUGUCUUACAGAGCUUAGGGAUUUAUUUGGAGGCUUCCAUACCUAACAAUAGGCAGUGGACGAUCACUCCUCAGAGUGAGCAUUUAGAUUAGAACACCCACGAAGGUGUUUCACAGAGCUUAGGGACCCCUUCUUUUGAGGCUCUUAUACUUAGUGUACCAGGGAGGGUGUUUACUUUCCCCCCCUUCCUCUUUUGCCCUACUAUCCCUUUUCCUCCAUUUCCACUCUCAAUAGGGAUCACUGCUCCUCUAUCAUUCUACCAGCAGUUUCCAACCCUAUAUUUUGUCCUUAAUACGAUUUAGUCACAUUUAUUAUAUCUACUUUGGAUGAGUACAUUUAGACUGCAGCCUUAUCUCUACUAUUCACAAGUUUCAUAGAAGGGAUUUAGAAUAGAGCUUCCUCCCUUUUGUAUUGCCUCUAGGGGGCACUUUUGGCUAGCUUUACCUUAUUACCGAAUAAAGAUUUUUUUAUUUUCAAUUUCUAAUCUAGCCCAAUUAGAAUAUUUAAGGGUAUCUCGUUAAACAGUCAUGUUGUGAUGUUCCGGACCCUGUUUCUCUUCCCUUCUAUUAGAUCCCCAGACUGGCUAUUCUUAUUUCUGUACUGGUAUCUCAUAUUUGUCCAUUUAUUAUCCUUGUCAGCAUUUCAAGAUCUCCCCAGGUGGAGAUCUUAUUCAUUAUUUUGUAAAUCAUUAGGGUACAAGCCCUUGGUGGAGCUGACCACACCAGCUGACCACAAGGCUUUGCGCUGCCCCUUACGCCCCGCUGUUCAACUAUUGGGGUGUUCUGGCAGGACAAAGCAUCUAAGCUUGCUAUAUUAUAAUUAGAACAGGAACUAGCCCAAGGUAUUUGUAUACAAGUAAACUCAUUAGUAAACACACAAAGGUUUGGAACAGCAACCAAUCAAACUGGGCCUUAACAAACAGCCAAUCACACUAAGCCCAUUAAUAACCAAUAAGACACACCAUCUCAGAACACCUACUUUGCAUACACAGUAAAACAUUAUGCAUUAGGUAAACGGAUAAACACACAGUCAACAAUAGGUGACUCAGCUCCUUGAGUGACAAAGAGAAAAGUCCUAUCCCCCACCCACGUGAUCACACAGUCUCUGGUUCCGCACCAUCUUGUUUUUCCAUAUUGUGGCUAGGUCUAAGUCUGUGCAGUCUAAAUUGCUGCUCCACACCAGAGUCCACCCAAACAAAGGAGCCCUUGAUGCCCAAGUGACGGCGUACCAGCGUUCCGUCACAGUUACCACAUGUCAUUCCCAGCUAUUAGUUAAAUUUGUGAAAUAAUAAAACUGAAACCUCCAGUUUUAGCUUUGCCAUGUCUAUUUAAUCAUAGUGUGUGUAACAUCAUUGGAUUACUUUCUUAUAGCAGGCACUUAUAUUAAAAGUGAUCCUGGAGAUUCCUGAGGUUUCACGCGCUAAAGUUAUGCCGUGAUCAGUAGACUGAUCUCCCUCUAAACGUGUUUUAAUUUUUUCUGAGACAGCUGAGUAACACUAAAGAUGGUUUAUUUGAGUUAGAGCAAUUAGUAAAAUUCUCUUCUCCUCAUUUAAUAGACAUUGGCCAUGUGUAGGGUAACAAUGACUUAAUGGAACCUGUAUCUCAGUCAUUCUCUUCCAUAUUUUGCCUCUCUGGCUUCGAGAAGCCUAUUUUAUACCAAUGCCUUGUUGUCUUAACCUAAAUACUAUCUGAAAAACAUGAAUCCUUUUACUAGCUAUUUGGUUUAAGGGGUUUUCAUCUAUGCUUACCUGUCAUUUUGGCUUUCACUAUUGUGCUAUCACAGCAAAACAAAGGUGUGCUCUCUUUGGUAGCCUCCUAAGUUCUGGAGAUGCUACUUGGGUUUUUCUACAGUAUACUCUGCACAUAUUGACUAUAUUUUUCCAUCGCAGAUUUAAUUCUCUAACUUUUGUUUUUCCCUGAUGCAGUGUUUGUUAUCCAAGAUUGCCCUUAUUUUGUUAUGAAAAGUACUGUAUUUGCUAGAAUUUAAGCUCAUGGGCAAUGUCUUUUAUUAUUUUUGUAUAAGUAAGUGCUUAUUAUUUGUCUUUAUUCCUUCUAUGGUACAGCUUUGUGAAAUAUGUUGGCGCUAUAUAAAAGCCAAAUAGUAAUAUCCAGAUCAUCAUCCCUUUCUGAAUAUGUGGGGUGAGGAUGCUGUGUCGAGUUUGGUGUGCACAUUGUACUGUAUUCCAGGGGUCUGACCUUGGUAAAUUACCCUUGCCAUUCUGUAGCUUGAAUAUGGUACUUGUAGCCUUUACAUGUCUACAUUUACAUUUCUGGAUUAUUGUCUCUAGUUCCCACCUUUGGCCUAAUAUUUACUUUUUGAGACUUUGAAAGAUAUUUUUCCUGUCCUGUCUGCUGAGAGUCAGAUCUAACCCAUUUGUGCAUGAUGCCGUGGAUAGUAGUUGGGGAAACAAAAAUUACACUAAGCAUGUGUCCAUAACAGUGACUCCCAACAGGGAAAAUCCUUUUCAGCCUUUGACAUUGGUGAGCAAGUUUAACUAAUACAAUUGCUGCUUAUAGUGUUUGUGGUUUGUUUCAUUUGUCAGGAUGUGAUUGUUAUUGAAUGUAUCUUCUUUUUUUAUAUAAAUCAGGUAAAUUUUAUUUAUUAUAAUCUCUUGUUUUACUUACCAGGUGUAUGCUUGGGGCUACAACAAUUCUGGCCAAGUUGGCUCAGGGUCCACUGCCAAUCAGCCAAUACCUAGGAAAGUCACCAGUUGUUUACAGAACAAAAUAGUAACUGGAAUUGCUUGUGGCCAAAUGAGUUCAAUGGCAGUCGUGGACAAUGGAGAGGUAGACGUACUUUCUUAA